AUGAAGGAUGUCUUCGAUAUGAGUAAAUGGCAUAAGUCUACAGGCACCUUCCGAAGCCCUCCACUGAAGGAUCCACUGAGACCCAACAGCUUCCCAGCAGUUACUAUACAUGAGAAACAAGACGUACUAGUCCGUAAUCUUCUCCAAAACUCGGCUGAGGCAGGAGACAUACCUCUGGACUCCCCAGCAGUCCCUACCACUAGUCUCUACUUCCCAGAUAUAACAAUGGCACAGGUGGAGGAGUCAGUACUUCAGGCAGGAAACACAGCCCCUAGCUCAGACGAAAUCCCAACCUGCAUACUCAAAGUGGCAUGGCCUCUGAUUAAGGACAAGAUCUCUAUACACCACAAAGUAUUAGUAAGGCAACAGUUUGGGGCUCUCCCACUAAGAUCUGCAAAUGAUCUAACCAUAUGCCUAACACAUGAUGUUGAACAAGCACUAAAUCAAGGCAUGAUUGCCUCACUCCUUACCCUAGAUGUCAAGGGCGCUUUUGAUGCCGUGCUUCCCGGCAGACUCAUCCGCAGAUUACGUGAGCAGGGCUGGCCCACUAAUCUUGUUCUCUGGAUUGCCUCCUUUGCUACUGGGCGAUCAGUCCAGAUCCGACUCGAUGGAGAGAUUGGCCCCUCAACAGACAUUGCCUGCGGUCUUCCACAAGGAUCCCCAGUAUCUGGCAUUCUUUUCAUGCUCUACAUAGCGCCCCUAUUCCGUCUAGGAAACCCAAGGAACAGAUUUGGUUACGCAGACGACGCAGCUAACCUGGCAAUCUCAACAUCUCUUGCUACUAACUGCAAAGCAUUAUCAGACUCACUACAAGAAGCCCUAAACUGGGGCGCUGCAGAGGGCAUUACAUUUGCACCAGAUAAAUACGAGCUUCUUCACUUCUCCCGACAUAAAGCAGACCAGGACCCAACCUACACACCUUCAGUAAAAGCUGGAUCUAUCAUAAUCUCAGAAAAUACUAAACAGCUAUAUCUAUCAUCUAAAGCCCUCACUGGAAUACUAUCCAUGGAGUCAAACCUUAUUUACUAUAGCAGGCUAUAUCAGCCUGUGUACUCUAUAAAGCAUACUAUGGCGCAGAAACCUAGUGGCCAGGACAUACUCGCCCUGGGCCUUCCUAAAUUUCAAAUUGAGUUGGAGAACAUCUUGAGAAACUAA